CCUUGUUUCCUCCGGACUCUUUAUGUGGACGGAACUCUUUUUGUUCCGGUUGGUGAUGUUGCAUGCUGUGGAUUUUAUCCAGAAUAAAAGUAGUAGCUGCAGCUCAUCUGAACGGCCACAAUGGGAAUCCUGGAGAAAAUCGCCGAAAUAGAAAAAGAGAUUUCGAGGACACAGAAAAACAAAGCCACCGAAUAUCAUCUAGGUUUGUUAAAGGCCAAGUUAGCCAAAUAUCGAGCUCAGUUACUGGAACCCUCCAAGUCAGCGGGGGCCAAAGGCGAGGGCUUUGAUGUCAUGAAAUCAGGGGAUGCUCGUGUUGCUCUUAUCGGUUUCCCCUCCGUGGGUAAGUCCACCUUUCUUAGUUUGAUGACAUCAACAGCAAGUGAAGCUGCUUCCUACGAAUUCACCACCCUUACAUGCAUACCUGGUGUCAUCGAGUAUAAAGGGGCAAACAUCCAGUUGUUAGAUUUGCCAGGAAUCAUUGAGGGUGCAGCCCAAGGUAAGGGUCGAGGUCGGCAGGUCAUCGCUGUUGCUAGGACUGCAGAUGUUGUCAUCAUGAUGUUGGAUGCCAACAAAGGAGAUGUUCAGAGGGCACUUCUCGAAAAAGAGUUGGAAUCUGUGGGAAUCAGACUGAACAGGAGAAGACCUAACAUUUAUUUCAAGCAAAAGAAAAGUGGCGGCCUAUCCUACAACUCCACAGUUCCUCUCACUCACUGCUCAGAGAAGCUGGUGCAGCUCAUCCUUCACGAAUACAAAAUCUUUAAUGCAGAAGUUCUGUUCCGGGAGGACAGCACGCCUGACGAGUUCAUAGACGUCAUUGUCGGAAACAGAGUUUACAUGCCGUGUCUAUAUGUAUACAAUAAAGUGGAUCAAAUUUCCAUCGAGGAGGUUGACCGUCUGGCUCGCACACCCAACAGUGUUGUCAUCAGUUGUGGGAUGAAGCUAAACCUGGAUUACCUUCUGGAGAAACUUUGGGAAUACCUGGCUCUCAUUUGCAUUUAUACGAAGAAACGAGGAGAGCGCCCAGACUUCAGUGAUGCUAUCAUUAUGAGAAGAGGAGCAUCUGUAGAACAUGUGUGCCAUCGAAUCCACAGAACCUUAGCCAGCCAGUUCAAGUACGCCCUGGUUUGGGGAACCAGUACCAAAUACAGCCCUCAGCGGGUUGGACUAGCACACAUCAUGGAGCACGAGGAUGUCAUCCAGAUUAUUAAAAAGUAAAACUUGUGAUCGGAUGGCGAUAGAAGGGAAGGAACCACAACUGCGAGGGAGGCGUGGAGCUAAAAUAAAUCAUUGUACACUAAAUGUACAGCAAAUUUAAAACAGUCAUACUUCAUAUUUUGUACACAAAAGUUAACAAAAAAAUCCCCCUGCAAAUACAUUCAGAGACAUACCAGGAACUGAUCUUUUACCUUUUGAUUUAAAAAAAGAAAAAAGAUACUGUAAGAAAAUAAAGUUCCUAAAUGUUUCAACA